CCUCAGGGAAGCCCCCCGGACGCCGGCCGGCCGCCUCGCGAGAUGCCCAACCCCAAAAACAGCAAAGGCGGCCGCAAAAACAAACGCGCCAACAGCAGCGGGGACGAGCAGGAAAAUGGAGCCGGGGCCCUGGCCGGCGCGGGCGCGGCGGGCACCGGGGGGCCCCUGGCGGCGGCUGCAGGCUGCGGGGCGGGCGCGGCGGCGGCGGCGGCGGGCGCGGCGGGCACCGGGGGCGCGGCGGGCACCGGGGGCGCGGGGACUGGCACCGCGAACGCCGCGCUGGCUGCCGGCGCCGCCGCCGCGGGAGACGCCAGGAACGAAGCCCCUUGUGCCACACCACUAAUCUGCAGCUUCGGGAGGCCGGUGGACUUAGAGAAGGACGACUACCAGAAGGUGGUGUGCAACAAUGAGCACUGCCCAUGCGGCACGUGGAUGCACUUGCAGUGCUUCUACGAGUGGGAGAGUAGCAUCCUGGUGCAGUUCAACUGCAUCGGCCGGGCCCGCAGCUGGAAUGAGAAGCAGUGCCGCCAGAACAUGUGGACCAAGAAGGGCUACGACCUGGCCUUCCGCUUCUGCUCCUGCCGCUGCGGCCAGGGGCAUUUGAAGAAGGACACAGACUGGUACCAGGUGAAGCGGAUGCAAGAGGAGAAAAAGAAGAAGUCUGGGGCAGAGAAGAACACGGGGAGGCCUCCAGGGGAGGCCGGUGAGGAGGCCAAAAAGUGCAGGCCCCCGAACAAACCUCUGAAAGGCCUGAGCCACGACCUCCCACGGCGGCAUUCCAUGGACCGGCAGAAUUCCCAGGAGAAAGUCAGCGCCGUGGGCUAUGGGGCCCGCUCGCCUUGUGCCUCCCCUGGGCAGUCGCCACCUACAGGGUAUCCCAUCCUCUCUCCCGCCCAUUUCGGUGGCCCACGAUCCUCCAGAUACCUUGGGGAAUUCUUAAAGAAUGCCAUCCACCUGGAGCCUCACAAAAAGGCCAUGGCAGGGGGACAUGUGUUCCGAAAUGUCCACUUUGACUACAGUCCUGCCGGGCUGGCAGUUCACAGAGGGGGACACUUCGAUGCACCUGUUCAGUUCCUGCGGCGCCUGGACCUCUCGGAGCUGCUCACUCACAUCCCCAGGCAUAAGCUCAACACUUUCCACGUGCGGAUGGAAGACGACGCCCAAGUGGGCCAGGGCGAGGAGCUGCGCAAGUUCAUUCUUGCGGCCCUCAGCGCCAGCCAUAGGAACGUUGUCAACUGUGCCCUGUGCCACCGGGCACUGCCCGUGUUUGAACAGUUCCCACUGGUGGAUGGGACUCUGUUCUUAAGUCCCUCGAGACACGAUGAGAUUGAAUACGAUGUUCCUUGUCACCUUCAAGGGAGACUGAUGCACCUGUACGCAGUGUGUGUGGACUGCCUGGAAGGAGUUCACAAGAUCAUCUGCAUCAAGUGCAAGUCGCGAUGGGAUGGCAGCUGGCACCAGCUGGGCACCAUGUACACCUAUGACAUCCUGGCUGCCUCUCCCUGUUGUCAGGCCCGCCUGAACUGUAAGCACUGUGGGAAGCCCGUGAUUGACGUGCGGAUUGGGAUGCAAUACUUCUCCGAGUACAGCAACGUCCAGCAGUGUCCACACUGUGGGAACCUGGACUACCAUUUCGUGAAGCCAUUCUCCUCCUUCAAAGUUCUCGAAGCUUAUUGAUGAAAGCUUUGCUUUAAUAAUAGCUAUUUUGUUUACUUUAUUACAUAUCUUUUAUAGGGCACCAUUCUGUGUCAUCCAUUUCUUUUCUAACUUGAGGGAGAGUUUUGUUGUGUAUGCGUGUGUGGGUGUGUGUGUGUGUGUGCGUGCGCCACUGAAACUGGGCUUGCCUCUUGCCCUGUCUUGAUUCCCGAGUGCUAGUGUGUGUGGUCAUGAUCAGUGCACUGGUGAGUAAGCCUGAGGGUUUCUGAAUCUCAGAUGUAGCUUCAUGGUGGUGGGGAGAAUGGGACAGAUUUAGCAAAGGAGUUAUGUGACUGACUAAAAGCAUGACAAGAGUUGGGAGGGAACUCUUAAUACAAUGUUAGCUUUCCUAAGAUCCGCUGUUAGAUCUUCCCAGAGCUUGGGAACGAUAUGAGACAAGUGAGUACCAGUGCUGGAGACCCCGUGGUGUGUUGGUCUGCGUCGGGCGUUCUGCAGCCUCUCUUAGCACCUGGUUCACUCUCACUGACAGAGGAUUUGCAAGUGGACAUGGGUGCUCAGUCUUCCACUGUUGUGAUUAAAGAGCUUUUCAUACUGAAAGCAAUAUCUAAGUUGUAAGAUGUACAAAAGCUAUUGGCAUUGUGAGUGGUGAGUAAACAGAACACACGUGAAGUGAAUUUGCAGAUAAUGCACACAGCCUCAAAGGCACACAAGGCAGAAAUCCAUCGUUUGAGUUGUGUUUUGAAUUGUUCAGAAUAGUUUUUAAGGAGAACCCAUAAGCAGUAUGACUUGGGUGGUGGUGAUUUAUACGGCCCGUUUCAUUGAAGUGCCAUUGAAUGUCCGCGCCUUCUCACAGGUAAAUCUCAGAGCUACACAGAACCAAAAAUUGCCAUGCUGUUCUUCCUCAAAAUUGCUUCUGGCCACUUUUAACCCUGGCUUAAUACUGAGUUUCCACAGUCCAAGGUUUAACCUUAGAAAGGAAAGGAAAGAAAUUGAGAAAAUGAUGAAGAGAAUAAUAAUUUUAAUACUUACUUCAAGUAUAUUCCAUUUUUUAAAAGCACUGAUUGUCCUGUAUAACACUGUAAUUUAAAAACCAGAUCAUUCUAAAGAUCCCUAUGACACUUUACUGUUGCUGAAAACAUGAUCAUAUAUAGAAUUUGACUAGUCAGAGCAUGGACAUUCUAAAAUUCAGUGUUCUGUUUAUUAAAUCUUAGUAACUGAAACAGACUGCCACCCCAUACCCCAAUAGAAUUAUAAUUGGAAUAUGACUUCUUCAACAUGAAUUUGCAAGUUUCACAUAUGAUGUGUACACAGGUCUUCCAGAAGUUCCUGGAAAUGCUAGUAGGAAAAAUGACGUGUGGAUUUCACAUUGCUUAGAACUAAAAUAAACACUUAAUUCCAUUUCCCAUGAACUUUUUGAAGUGUCUUUGUUUAUAUUUUAAAAAUGCUGAGAAGAAUCAUUUUAUGGAUAGCCAUAUUUAGGAUACAUGCCAACAUUUCAUAUUUCUCAUUUGGAUGCUGCCAGUUUUUUCCUCUGUGUUCUUUACUUUCAGAAGUAAUUAGGCCUUACUGUAAGUUUCCCUUCUCCUACUCAAAAUAUUAGAUAUUUUGUUUGAAAUAACAUAGCAUUCAUGUACCAACUUAUCAAAUGAUAUUCAUCCUUCAGUCUGAAUUGGUAUUUGGUUUGCUGCAUCUGAAGAGUGUUUCUCAGUGAGGGGACAGUCAGAAUGCCUGUGGGAAGCCAGGAACCACCGAUACCAUCUCAUGCAGCUCAUGCAGAGGUCUGUGGGAUGUAACCUUGCAAAUCUGUGUGUAAUCUAAAAAGCUGUAAUUGUAAAUUAAUUAUUGGAUCAAUUAAUACUUUGACCUACCCAAGUCUAAAAAAUUGGUUCCUCUUAUCUUCUUGGUUUUUACUUGUGAAUUUAAAGUAAUCAAAUAUUUGUGGUGCUGUCCUUAACCUACUUCAGUUUUUGCAGUGAAACGUGCUUGUAUCAUUCUGAAGCUUCAGGUUGGUCUGUACACUGCAUUUCAGCUAAACUGCUGCAGGCCCGGUGUGUCUUGUGCUCCACUUUGUCUCAUUAGAUUCUUUUUCUGCCCUCCUGAAAAAUAAGUAUGAUGGGGUCUCAUCAUAAUUGGCUAAAAUUCACUUAGAUGUUAAUUUGAUGAUAUUAUCAUUCUAUAAAUGCAACCAGCGACUUACAUAAAAGAGGCUUAAAUAUCAUACCUGAAAAUCUCUUGUCUUUCAGGUAUUAUCAAAGAGAACAUCUGGCUGGUUUGAGAAUAAAGAUGAUUAAGUACACAAAACUGUGAUGAUAAAUCUUAUUUUAGAAAUUGUCUGGCUAGUGUUUUCCCCUGGCUUGCCUUGAGGACCUUGAUCAGAAUGGAGACGAGUCUAGAGGGUUCUGCUGUGGCUGGGAUACUGACAGGCACCGUUGCCAAGACCCCGAGUCUGGGAAAUGGCUCUCAGGAGCAUGAAGCAGGGAGAAACCAAUAGUUUCAAAAUGGAUUUUCAUCCACUCUAAUUUGUUUUUACUAUUCAUUUGUAAGAGUUCUAUACCUUGAACAAAUCAGACUAUCUAGUUUAUUGAAAAGAAAAUUGUGCUCAUAUUCAGGAUACCUGAGUACUUCGCCUUUUUCUGGCUAUAUCUAAGCAGUUGGCAUACUGGAUUCUUUCUUUAAAAGAGAGAUGUUGUGCUGUGAAAUCGAGGAAUUCAUGAAUUAACCCAUUUAAUUAGAAAAGGGCUUUUCUCAGACACCCUUUUAACUUCUAGUUUAAGAGAAGUUCAUCUUCUGAGGGAAAAAAAAUGGUUAUUUACAUAUUGAUUUGAGGAAAAUUAACUCAUUAGGAAUAUUAUUAAAUGUUUAUUCCCUAAAAUUAAUAGACUGAUAUGCAUUUUAAUCAAAUCAUUUAAUCUGUCUUCUGAUAUCUUACUUAGUCCUGCAAGACUAAUGUGGUGUCGUCUCCUGUACCCAGGUCCUAUACUCCGUUUUGCUCUUCUGUUUAGUCUCCAGGAUGCAGGUCUUCAGUCAUUGGAGUUGGAGACUGGGGAGGAGGUGAGGGAAAAUGCUCUUGUUUGGUGUUUUCCUUCCUGUAGUAGGAUGCGCAUAAUUCACUCAUCUCCAUGUCCUAUUGACUAUUUCAAUCCCAGGUAAUUGAAAGGAAAUGUAACUGAUGGGCAUCAUUAAAACCAACUCAAAAGAAUAUUCACAUCAGGAAAGAUUUCUUUUAAAGAUAUCUUGGAUUGCACUUUCAUUGAGAGGAAACAGUGUAAAUAGUUGAAGAAUGUUGAUGAAAUUGAAACACUUGGUAAUGGAAUUGUGUGGUGAUGGACGGUUUCUGUGAAAAUGUGUGUAUUAAAAACAAUAAAAUUGCAGAAACUGA